AUGCUUCUUGACUUUGUGUUCAUUGCAGCGCUCUUCUCAUCGGCAUCAGCAGUCCCAGCAACCGGACUCCCUAAGGAUGGCAUACAGCGUUGGAAAGUGACAAAUUGGGACGCUCUAUGGAACGCCUACAGGGACGACAUCGGCACCAGUUAUAGCUUCGAAAUCGAGGGAGAUGAAUAUACCGGAGAGUCUGGAACGAACGACCCAUUGGUUCCCGCCUACAAAUCAUUAGUUCCCGCCUUCGUUGGCAGAUGCGCAUUCAGAGGGUCAAAGGAAAGCAUACCAGACGGUUCGCCUUGGGUGCUAUGUGACUCCACCGACAAGGGAGGUAACUCUGGGGUCCUCGAGUCGAGGAUAAAGCCUUUUGUUGUCCAUGGGGGGCACACCCAAGCCCGAAUCCAGGUUCGCUUCAAGUUCGUCGAUGCGAGAAGCAAGGAUACGUGGCUCUUCACCAGUAAUGGUACCUUAGUACCAUUUGAUGCAAUCUUUGUGAAAGGAAACACAUUCAAUGUCGAUAAUAUUGACGGUGGGGUGAAGGUUUGA